AGUUCGCUGCUAAAAAGUGGGAAUUUUUGUUUUUUUGAUCUUUUUUUGUGAAUUUGCUGAUAAGUAAGGUGAUAAGAGCAAGUUUGAGUCACUUGCAACUCCAUUCGUCGUUGUCAUUGUGAAAGUCAUCAUUCCCUGUCGUGCACAAAGUACAUAAAUCUGCGGUCGAGAUCCGGGUGUCUCAGAUGCCCAUCGAAAACCGCUCCGGAAGUUCAGAACAAAAACUUUCGCGUAAGUACAAAUCAUGGACCGGAACUCGGAAAUUCGGCACAUGUCGUCGCACCUGGAGCACGUGGCCGAUAUCCUGGACCGAACCGACGGAUGGAGAGAAAUUAUUGGUCUGAUUCCCAAGAAUAUAGAGGAUAUUUUCAUGACGCGACCCACGCCGAAGUAUACGGGGUUUCACGAAGACAAAAUCAACGAGAUAAGCAGAGAGAACAAAGUUUCGCCUUCUAAGUUACUGCUGGAAGAAUGGAGUAUAUCGGGUAGGGUAAGACCAACGGUUGGUCAUCUUUUGACGAUCUUAAUCCGCGCGAAUCAAAUACGAGCGGCAGAAUACCUCACAAAUUGGCUCAUGGAAUCUCCUCCGGAACGGCCGAGAAAUGGUCCCGCGGCACCGAUCGACAUCAGACUGCCCGAGGACUACCAGACGGAGUCCAUGCUGGACGGUAUGAGCUAUCCUCAGUCCUCGCAGUUACUGAACGGCUCAUCGAUCACGAACGCCAAUAAUCGCGAUUAUUACGACAAAGUGGGGCCAACGAAGCGGAUUGUGAUUGAAGAUCCGGCACAACCGACCACCGACGAUAAGCGACCUGCGAAUUCGUGCAGCAAUAACAACACGCCAGAACUGAAGGAGAACAAUAAUGGUGGGCCAGCAAACGAGACAGCGAACCAAUUCCAACCAGCAGACGAUUUGCUGCCGUCGUUUAACAAAUUAAUGGACACAUCAGUUGCCAGGACAACGGGGCCAAUGGAUGAAUCGUCAAAACUACAAAAUGAUCGUGACGUUGCGAUACCGGAAACCGUGGAUCAUGCCGGGGAGUCCUCGUACUCAGUAAGCCACUCGGAUAUGCCUCGUUUCGAUCUUCUGCGUGGUACAACCAGCAGCAGCGAACGCUACGUUGGGGAAGCGAACUCCAACAAUGAUAUUCCCAUGUUGUCUAUGCUGGGUACGGAUAGUGAAUCCUCUGUUUCGAUAGAAAACAGCGUGGCUGACCGUACUCACACUACUCCAGCGCUUUCGAUCUUUGAAACGAGGUCCUAUCAAUCUCAAGAGCAAACCAAUGACAAUACCAACUCGGAUGUAUCAAAUGCUAGUAAUUCCGGAGAAAUGGGAGACCUCAUGCUUUUCAGCGUGUCCGAAUUCUCGUACGAGCAUCUCGAACGUGUCACGGACAUGUUUAAUAGCAACGUUUUCAGCAACCGCGACACGCGGUCUCCUAACGGACGAUGGAUCGGUGCAGGUGGUUUCGGGGCCGUAUUUCUAGCGAUCGAUCUUACACCAGCCGUGCCCGUCGCUGCCGUCAAACGCCUCGCAUCCGGUACGUACAAGUAUCUGGAAAAGUUUCAACGAGAGCGUACAGUUCUUUCGGCCCAUUCACAUCCUAAUCUUCUGCGUCUGCUGGGCAGCUGCUCGAAUGGGCCCCAGCUGUGUCUGGUUUACGAGUAUAUGCAGGAUGGCGAUUUGGAAACGGCACUUUUGAAGAUGCGUACCAGCAGUUUGCAUCUCGGUGGAGCACGUCGACUGAAGUAUCUGCAAGACAUUGCAAGCGCAAUCGACUAUCUGCAUGCGCGAGUCAAUGUGAUACAUCGUGACAUCAAAUCGGCUAAUAUUUUGCUGAACGGUGAUGUGGCAAAGCUGUGCGAUUUUGGCCUCCUGAAACCGACGAGCUCUACGACGGACACGAAAAUCAUUGGCACCAGUGCCUACAUUGCUCCGGAAGCAGUGCGAGGAUCGAUUUCCGUGGCGAUGGAUGUCUAUGCGUUCGGUAUCGUCAUAGCGGAGACCGUCACCGGUGAGCCAGUGUUUGCGGCAGAUGGUUCCCGUACCGAACGUAAUCUCGACGGCUACAUAAGACGCCACCGAGGUGAAGGUCGGAACUUGGCAUCACUGGUGGAUCGGCGCGCCAUCGGGGUUGGUGGUGGCGAGGAACGCUGGAUUGAUGUGGGAAGUAGCUUGCUGGAAAUGGCGUUGAAAUGCUUGGAGGAUACAUGGUACCGACCUACGAGUGGUGUUCUGGUAACGCAAAUAUCUGAGAUGAGAAUUUAAUGGCUCAAAUCCGCAAAUAGGAGUGAUGGCUGGUAAUGUAUCCUUCGUGAUGGUAUACUGUUUAAAACAGAAUCGAUGGCAGACAGAAUGCCAUUGAAAUACUCAUUUUAUUUGUUAUCAAUCUGGGUGCCUUAAAACCGUCUUGGAUUAAACAUUCCAUUUUACAAUAAAAAAGUGCAAAAAUCUUGUUAAAACAGUUCCAUGUGAAGUUUUACCGUUUUUCUUUUAUAUUAGAGAAAAUUAUAAAAUAUUCUAAUCAUGA